GCGGCCCGAAGGCACCUUUGUGAAGUGUGCGGGAAGAAGUUCGUGAUGCCGUCUGACCUGCGCACGCAUGUCGCCGGCGUCCACCACAACGUGAGGAAAUUUGUGUGCGAGUUUUGCGGCCUCAGGUUCAAGAUCUCGUCGCAGCUCACCUACCACCGGCGGAUGCACACGGGCGAGAAGCCGCACGUGUGCCAGGUGUGCGAGCAGUGCUUCGCUAAGCCCAACGUGCUGGCCAAGCACAUGCGGCGGGUGCACCGGCAGGAGUACCAAGGGAAGUACAGGAAGAGGCUGCAGGCGUCCGAGGCCCAGCCAGCCAAGAGCGAGAGCGCGGCGCGACACGCUCCUGCGCUGCCCAAAAAGGACGACCUGAUGCUCGAGUUCGUUCACGUUGACCAGGUUGUGGAGCGGCUGGAGGACGUGGUGGCAGGCGGGCCCGUCCCCCGGUGGCGCAAGGGGUGUCCCGGGUGGGCGACGGGGACGGCAGGAUGGUGGUUGCUCCUAUCUACUCCCUGA